CCUGCCUAUAUACAGUGUCUGAAUGUAACUUGAUUUGUCACAAAUAACAUAAAUGUGUAUAAUUUCAUUGUUCAGUGAUGACAAUGGAUUUUAUGCAUAAAAUGUCAAGAAAUCACUUAUCUCUCGUAUACUUUAUAUUCUUGUAUUCGCUACUCAUAAAAGCUCAAAGUAUCACUGAUAGAAAUUUAUGGCAAAUUAUCACUUCAUAUCCGAAUGCUACUAAAUUUGUAGAUUUUAUACGAGAAAUAGGAUUGCAGAGUUUACUUGAAAAGCCCGGUUGCCUUGGUGAUGAUGAAUGCCUGACAAUAAUUUUGCCUACAAAUGAUGCAAUCGAUGUGAUUGCUAAUGAUUUAGCAUGGUAUACUUUAAGCGAUUAUCAAAAACUUUCAUUUAUACGUGGUCAUAUAAUUCAGAGAGGCAUUACUACGGAUCAGUCAUCUGUACGUUUAACAACCAGAGAAUGGACAAAAUUAGGUCAACAAAUGAAUUUCAUCGAUAUUGGAUUCGGUACAGGCGUGGAAUAUACAACAUUAUUUGCUAAACAACGAUUCGGGUUUUCAACUAUAUCAGAUUCUAUACCUUUGUAUUUUGUAAAUAAUGCGAAAAUUGUGACACCAGAUAUUAUGGCUUCAAAUGGAAUGAUACAAAUAGUAAAUCAAGUUUUGCAUACACCAUAUAUUUCAUCACCUUUUAUGGAAUUUUUGGAAAAACGAGGAAAUUUAGGUCUAUCAAAAGAAUUAUGGUAUUUACUAUUACAAGAACCGAAAUAUGGACCAUAUCCAGCACAGAAUAUCUAUUCAACCAUUUUUGUUGUUAGUGAUGCUGGCUGGAGUUCUCUGCCACCGAUUCAAAUGGCUAGAUUACGCAAGAAUAUCACUUUAUUAGCUUCGGUUUUAUCUUAUCAUUAUUGUCCGAAUCAACUCAUUUAUCGUGAAUGGAUUUCAGUAAAGCCCAAUUUGAAUAUUUAUACUGGAUUUCCUAGUAGACCACAAUCUGCAAGUAGUAUUCAGCCAAGUGAAUUAAACUCAGCCCAAUUGUACAAGAGUAAUGGUGAUUCAAUUAUAAUAUCAAGUGGAAAUACAGAAGCGAAAUUGGAAGAUAAAAGUUUCAUUAUACAAAAAGCAAUUGUUCAUAUCAUUCAAAAGCCAUUAGCAUUUAUAUAUGAAACACGUGAAGAAAUUCUAAAUAGAAUUAAUUCAAAUCUGUUAUCAAUGUGUCAAUCAGAUGCAAAUUGUAGAAAUAUAUUAACAUCUUCAUCAGAUAUAACAAUUUUCUCACCGAAUGCACAAGCCAUGCAAAAUUUGAAUAAAUUAUCGACCAGUGAAAAGGCAAUUUAUCUUAAGUAUUUGUUUUUACCGAGAAAAUUAUAUCAAGCUCAAAUGACAGCAAAUCUUCGUAUUCCUGUUGAAAAUUUAGAUGAUGCUAUUCGUUUUAAAAUAAUUGAUCAAUCUACUUUUAUUGAAGCUCGUUUACCUAAUCAAGGCUAUGUUUCAUCGCGUAUCAUUAAUGCAAAUCAAGCCGGCACUAAUGGUAUUGUUCAUAGUGUUGAUGCUGUUCCAGGUCUACCAUAUGAAACAGUUCAACAGUAUGUAGCUAGAAUACCUGAUUUUAGUUUAUAUUACAAUACUGGUUUUGUUCAGUCAAUGACUAUUGGUGAACCAUAUACAUUUCUAGUACCGACAAAUCAAGCAAUGACUUCCAUGGAUAAUGACAAUGAAGUGGGGAAAAAACUUUUGGCUGAUAAAAUUCGAAGAGAAUUUGUGUUUCGUCGAAAUUCAUUUCCACUUGACUUAAUCAUUCAAGAUUUGAAUACACGUAUAGUAUACUAUGUGUCUACUGCAAAUUAUGCAUUCACACGUGAACAAAUACGUUUGGAUAUUAGUUCUAAGAAUGCUGAUAAAGAAGGUAUAUUUACAUAUCAAGGUGAAAAAAUUCAAUUAUCAUCACUCAAUGGACCUUAUCAAUUUACUAAUGGUUUUCUUUAUCCAAUCGACAAAAUUCUCUAUACAAAAUCCGAUCUUAACGUGACAAUGUGCACUGUACCAGCUUGUGAAUAAGUGGAACAAAAAUUCUAGUUGAAUUACUCAUUCAUGUGUGAUGUUUGUUGAUUGGUGUUUAAAAUGUAAUUAACUUUAUUGAAUUUAAUCAUUUGAAUUGUUAUCUUAUUUGUUCAUAUCAAGUAAUAUUCAAU